AUGCCCGAGUCGCGAACUUGGCGGCGGCGCGCACGCUCAAGAAGUCCGUGGACCUGCUCGCCGUUGAUUCUCAGCACCACGGUGCUUGCCGUCUUGCUCGUCUUUGCAAUUGCGCAGUCUUUUGUGAAACGCCAACUCGACCCGAAAGGAUGUCGCAUGUCAAUGAUGAGGCCGGCGUUUGCCAAAUUGGUAGACUUUGAUACUGAACACACUCGUUUUGCCAGUAAAUAUUCAUUGUACCUGUACAGAGAAGGCGGUAUAGAUGAGGAUACCAUGGUCAAGGGAGUCCCGGUCUUGUUCAUUCCUGGAAAUGCAGGCAGUUACAAACAAGUGCGGCCGCUGGGUGCAGAGGCUGCGCAGUAUUUUCACGAUGUGGUACAGCAUGAUACAGAAGCUGCUGGUCGCGGCACACGAAGUCUAGAUUUCUUCACGGUUGAUUUUAAUGAGGACUUUACGGCCUUUCAUGGGCAGACCCUGCUGGAUCAGGCGGAAUACCUGAAUGAGGCCGUUGCAUAUAUUCUCUCAUUGUACCAUGAUCCUCGGCAUUCUGCUCGCGAUUCAAGCCUUCCAGAUCCAAGCUCCGUCAUUCUUGUGGGCCAUUCAAUGGGUGGCAUUGUUGCUCGAACGAUGCUCAUCAUGCCUAAUUAUCAGGCCAAUUCCAUCAACACCAUUAUAACCAUGUCGACGCCGCACGCGCGACCGCCAGUGUCCUUCGACGCCGAAUUGGUGCAAACCUACACUAAGAUCAACAAAUACUGGCGCCAGGCGUACUCUCAGAAGUGGGCCAACAACAAUCCUUUGUGGCACGUCACUCUCAUCUCCAUUGCUGGAGGCGGGCUCGACACUGUUGUCCCUUCGGAUUAUACUAGCCUUUCAUCUUUGGUUCCCGACACCCACGGAUUUACAGUCUUCACCUCCUCGGUGCCCGAUGUCUGGACGGGUAUGGAUCAUUUGGCCAUCCUUUGGUGCGACCAAUUCCGCAAGAUUAUUGUGCGCGCCCUCAUCGAGGUGGUUGAUGCUCGGCGUGCAAGUCAGACGAAGCCACGGGCGGAGAGGAUGCGUGUUUUCAAAAAAUGGUUUCUCACGGGCAUGGAGAGUGUGGCAGAAAGAACUCUUCCGCAGAAAGAACCAACGACACUGUUAACUCUCGAGGACAAUUCCAAUUCCAUAAUAUCACAGGGCCAGCGACUGAGUCUUCGGCAACUUGGAAGUGCCGGUCGACCACGCGCAUACCUGAUGCCCGUGCCGCCCCAGGAGACACCUGGAGGCAAGAGAUUUACACUUCUCUCGGACCAGAAACUGGAUGCUCCCGGUGAGAAUGGCAAACUAGAAGUGCUUUUUUGCAGUGUGUUUCCGCUCCAUCCAGGCCAGUCCGCCACGCUUUUUUCGAUGAACAUGGACCUUUCAGGUGACAGCUCCGGAUCGACUCGACUAGCCUGCAAGAAUGCCGCUGCGGAUACCAUCCAUCUUCCAGCAUCUACACGCCUUUCUCAAUUUGCAUUCGAACCCACGGCACCAUUUUCCUACCUUCAAUAUGAGCUUGAAGAUUUGGCCGAGCACCAGUUCGUUGCAAUCGUGGACAAGGCAGCCAAUCCCACCCCUGGUUGGGUCAUUGCAGAGUUCAGCGACAAUGUAGACUCCAUUCAUUGGAUGAAUCAGCUAACGCUUCGUCAAUUUCUUACCAAUGGUUUACAGCUCAGCCUUGCUACAAUUCGACCGAUGGUAACAGAGAUUAAGAUCCCAGUUUUGCAAUCAAGCUUGCUGGCUUAUAAGUUACGCAUUGGGACGCAGUCUUGCGGGAAAGGGUCAGAGCUGUUUACGCCGUUGUUACGGCAGUACAUUACCGAUCCGUUUGAAUCCAAAUUUUUUGUCAAUGUUCAGGAGGCUAAUAUCAACCUGCACGGUGUGGCCCCCUAUAUUCCGCCACCGUUGAAGCCGAGGACCUCUGUGGACGGCUUGUCGCUGCAGCUAUGGUCGGAUCCGACAUGCGAUUCUGCUCUAGACGUUUCUCUCCAAGUUGAUGUGCUUGGAAGUCUUGGGAAGCUUGUCAUGCGUUAUUCCACUGUUUUUGCUGCUUUCCCCUUGUUUGUUGUUGCUCUAGUUCUUCGCAAGCAAUUUAAAGUGUAUGAUGAAAGAGGCAUAUUUAUCAGCUUUUCCGAGAGUUUAGACCAGUGUUUGCGGGGCUCAUUGCCCGUGCUAUUCUUUGGACUAUACUUUAUCGCGCUGUCUGUUUCCCGGUCGAGCCCAGCGCAGACAAACCCGGCAUCAUAUGGAAUAAUGGAUUGGCAGAAGAACGGAACCGAGUCGGCAUUGGACAUGACGAAGAACGAUCUCCUCAUGGGAUCUCAGGACCCGUUCUUUUGGUUUUUGGUGCCGUUGACUGGAUUGAUAACUGUCGGUGCUUGCGUGCUCGUCAAUUACGCAGCUCUAGCUUUGAUUCAUGUCUUUUCCACGGCAUACAGUCUCUUUGUCUCUGCAUCUGUCCGAAUAAAAAAUGAUGACAGAAGACGCAGUUCCUCGCCCGCAUUUGCUGCGAUAUCUCCUCGGCGAAGAGUCAUCACCACUGCAAUUCUCUUUCUUCUCGUUGCCACCUUUAUUCCCUACCAGUUUGCGUACAUGGUGGCCUGUCUUGUACAGAUUGCCACAUGUACGCGAGCGUUCCGGGUAGCCCGUGAAACUCGUUCCGGAAGCCAUCUCAACUUUUACAACUACGCGCACUCUGUUCUUAUUCUCAUGCUUUGGGUACUUCCGAUUAACCUUCCGAUUCUUGUGGUCUGGCUACACAAUCUCGCCGUCCAUUGGCUUACACCCUUUUCCUCCCAUCACAAUGUCCUCUCAAUUAUGCCCUUGAUCUUGCUCGUGGAAACACUCACCACGGGUACUAUGAUACCACGAGUCACGACGCGAUUUCGCUACGUCACCGACGGCCUACUCUUCCUCCUCGCCAUCUACGCCGACGUAUACGGCGUCUCGUAUGCCUAUUUCCUGCAUCAGCUCGUCAACUUUGUCGCCGCCUGGUUAGUGGCGAUCCAUUUCUCGACGAGCAGCUUCUCUCUCUCCGCCCUCCUCCACUCGCUGCUCGAAGGCAGCAACAUUAAUGCUCCUCUUUCUUCGUCUUCUGGUGCCAAUGGUAGUGGUAGCGGUAGUGGCAGCGCUGUUGGAUCAUCACGAUCAUCGGCAUCCGGAUUGUUUUCUGCAGCUUUUUUUUCUUCCUCCUCUAACAACCCUGCUCAACCCGGCAGCAGCAGCGGCAGCAGCAGCGGCGGCGGCGGCGGCGCUGGAAGUAAUAGAAUAAGUAAUUCUAGUAGCAGUAGCAGCACGAGUAAUGUUAAAAAGAGACCGUAA